AGUAUAGUACAAGGUGGUUUAGAUCCAGUACUAAGGGAUAUCUGUGUUCGAGGAUUAGAAGAUCGAAAUUUAUCGGGGUAUGAAAUUGGUGGUCUUGCAGGCGGUGAAGAUAAAGAUUCAUUUUGGCGUGUUGUAGCUCAGUGUACUGCAGCACUUCCUGAAGAUACACCACGAUACGUCAUGGGUGCAGGGUAUCCACUGGAUAUUGUAGUCUGUAGUGCCUUGGGUGCUGACAUGUAUGACUGUGUUUAUCCUACUCGAACUGCUCGUUUUGGCACUGCUCCUGUCCCGGAGGGAGUGCUUAGACUCAAGAACAAAGCGAUGGCUGAGGAUACUCGCCCUAUUGAUCAUACAUGUGCUUGUAUGGUAUGCAAGAACUAUACGAGGGCCUACAUUCAUUCUCUUGUAACAAAGGAUGCUAUGGGAUCUCAGCUUUAUCAUUCAUAAUUUAUAAUUUUAUACUAUAUGAUGCAGCUUAGCCGAAAUCUACACACAUCCAUAAUCCAGGGGAAGUUUCCCGAGUUCGUAUGCAACUUUUUGCAGAAACUGUUUCCUAAAGGAGAUGUCCCCGAAUGGUUAAAAAAUGCCAUGGAAGUUGUUGAAAUCGAUCUCUCUUCAUGGUGUGCUCCUCUUCGAAACGAUUAACUAAACAAGGUUGAAUUCUGGUGUUAUUUUCUUUGGCCUUCUGAGGCAGAGAUGAAACAAAUCUAAUUUACAGGUAACCAUGUAGAGCAGCAUAAAUUUUGUUAACUUAUAAUAUGCCUGCUGCUUCAC